GCCAAUCAAAACGCUCCUUUCAUGUUGUCCUAGAGACCGUGGUAUUUCAGUCUACGACUUCCUUAUAUUGACAUUUCAGAGUGUGUUAUGAGAUAUAACCGUCUAACUGUGUCAGAGUUUCACUCGUUAGAAAUACAAGAGCUUUGCUUCGAUCGCACAAGCACAGCAAUCUCCUCGUGAAACAUUUGGUCUCAGUCGGUUCGCCCGCAGCACUUGCGUUCUCUCGGCCGGGAUUCACUCCAGAGAUGGCUGCGAAAGUGUGUAGAUCGGUCCUCCUCCUGUCCCGGAGCAGCGGAGCCGUAGCCUCUUCUGCUUUCCCCGCGUUCGGUGUCUCUUCACAGCGGCAUCAUCAGAGCACAAGAACGGAGGCGCUGUCCAUCUCUCUCGGAGGCCACCAGACUGUCAGGAGAGCACACGGUCUGAGAACAGGUGCCAGGUCUGCUCUCUUCUGCCACCCCAGUGCCACUCUGACAGCCCAGGGCUGGAAGAGCUCCCCCUCAUGGCAGGGUCAAAGACUACUGUGCUCACCCGCUGCUACAGAAGACGUUACAGUGGUGUAUCAGAACGGCUUGCCGGUGAUCUCCGUACGUCUGCCAUCCCGACGAGAGCGCUGCCAGUUCACCCUCAAACCCUUGAGCGACACAGUGGGGGUUUUCCUUCAGCAGCUGCAGGCGGAGGACAGGGGCAUCGAUAGAGUCGCCAUCUACUCUGCAGAUGGAUCAAGAAUAGCGUCCUCGACAGGAAUUGACAUUUUACUCAUGGACAGCUUUAAGCUAGUCAUUAAUGACACAACGUACCUGGUGCAGCCACCCAGGAGAGAUCUGCUACCGCACGAGGAAGUGGAGCGACUGAACGACGUCAAGUUCUUGGUGCAGCAGCUCUACACCACCCUGCGCAUAGAGGAGCAUCAGCUCACCAAAGAGAGAGAGCUGAUUGGACGCCUGGAGGACCUCAACUCUCAGCUCCAGCCUUUGGAGAAGGUCAAGAAGGAGCUGAGUAAGAAAGCAGAGCGCAGAACUACAUUGGUACUGUGGGGUGGGAUGGCAUACAUGGCCACACAGUUUGGCAUUCUGGCCCGGCUGACCUGGUGGGAGUACUCAUGGGAUAUCAUGGAGCCCGUCACGUAUUUUAUCACCUAUGGUACAGCCAUGGCCAUGUAUGCUUAUUUCGUGCUGACACGUCAGGAAUAUAUUUACCCAGACGCCAGGGACAGACAGUAUCUGCUGUUCUUUCAUAAGGGAGCGAAGAGAACACGCUUUGACAUUGAGAAGUACAACCAACUGAAGGAUGAGAUUGCUGAGGCCGAGUUGGAUCUAAAGCCUCUUCGAGACCCGCUGCAGUUGAACCUCCCUGUCCAGCAAAUCAAUGCCAGCAAGGACUGAUGAGAACCUGAAGCCCUUUCUGCCUCUCUCUCUCUCUCUCUCUCUCUCUCUUCGUUCUCUUCUGCCUUUUUGCGUUUUGUUUUCUGUCUCUUUUUAUCCUUUUGAGUUUUCUCUACGACCUCAAUGAAAAACCAUAUCCACAGCAAGCUUCAGAGUUUUAUUAUCCUUUAUAUAUCGUUUCUUUUUAAUUUGGCAAGUCUAUGCAGAGGAGAAGAGAAACGACAAAACCACAUCCCUUAACGGACGGCGAAGACAGAUGCUCUCUUACUGCAGCAGGACCAGCCACUUCAGACAGGAAGCUGAGACAUUGGGAUUGAACCAGUAACGACCCCACGUCUUGCAUGGGAAACAGACUCUGAAAUCUAAAAACCAUCUGCCCUUGGGUUGAACAGUUUUUUUUCCACAUUGGAGUACUGCUGCUAUCCCUAACUCUGACACUUUGCAGAAGAGAUUUCGGGAUGUAGUGCUCUUUUCCGUCUCGGAAAAGAUCCGUUUACCAUCGGAGCCAGUCCUCUUGUGGCUGAAACGCCUGUACGUAACGGCCUAAGCGAAACCUUUUUGAUUUCUUUUCUCGCUUCCUUACGGACCUGUUAAGAGCUGAAGAGCUAAAAUAUCACUGUGUGUUCUAUUAUUCCAAAAAAAAAGAAAAAGAAUGAAAGGAUUUUGGCACUUUUUAUUUUAAAAGCCAUAUUAUGUUUAUGAUGCCGAGAAAAAAAAAAAAAAAAAAAAAGAGAGAGAAAUAAGUAGAAACUUCUCUUCUUUUCAUGAAUCAAUUUGUUUUUAACCAUGCCGCCAGACAUUACAUAUCUGCAGAUGCUCUGAUAUUUUAUUUUCUGAGAACCCCAUCGUCAAACAAAGCUCGGAUAGCUUCUUCAGAAAUAGGUUUACAUGUUGACGAGAGACGCACGUACACGCAGUUGCUUGGCAGAUGGAUCCUCUUUAAAGGUCUUCUCUCUUCUCUAUGAAUCCUCUUUCGAACAUCAUCAAAUGACAUUUUCCCACAGUGCCUCACAGCAUCUGCUGCAGCGUGCUUGUUACGAAACACCUGUUUAUCAGAAAAUGACCCGUCGAACGGUCUUUAAGGCAGGUCACUGUGUAAAAUGCGAUUUUUAUUUAAUUUCUUCUGGAAAAAGGUUCCGGGCGCGAUCGAUUUUCCCAUCAUCCAUGUGGCGUUUUUAGCUGCAUAUAUCUGCCUCGUAUGCCAAGUCUUCUGGAACAUGCAGAGAACGUGUAAUAUAUUAGAUCUAGAAUUAGCGUGUGUUUUGCACACUUUGUGGCAUGCUAUAGAGAGAGAGCGUCGCAUCCUUUGUCUAUAUGUGCUAUCUUUAGCCGACAGGCCUUAGCAAUGAUUCUAGCUGGAUUGAGCUUGAUCGCAGACAUCGUUUUCAUCAGUUUUGCCAUGCAUUUUCAGUUUCAGCUCAGUUAUAUAUACAUAAUGUUUUCCACAAAGAUGGGCAAUCAGACUAUCUAUAAUGGAUGUGAAAUUCACUUGACUCUUGUUGCUCUCUAACAAAACGAUUAUAUCAAGACAAGUCUCGAAAUUGGUUUUUGGGCCAUUAUCGUGACCCAUAAUCCUGUUGUCUGUUUUGGGUUUCUACACACUCAAACCCCCGUGGAGAAAUAGCUCUGUUGUUCUGUAGCAGAGGUCUGCUGAUUAUGCCCGACUGUCUAUGAUUGUGCCUGCGGUCGCCAUUUUUAAGCGUUUUUUUUUUAAGCCAUAUUCAUGUUUGUCUCUUUAUAGGUGAAUGAGCCACAUAGGGACUCGAAUCCUCUUAGCAGCAGCUUGUGUCCAUUCUUACCGUGUGUUUAAAUAUUACAGGGUGAGAUUCCAGCCUACAACUCUUAACAGAAGGAACGUUGCAGAAAGAGUUCCUCCAAAAAAGUUGUUUCUGUGAAACUCGAAAGGAGAAUUUUAGUAGAAUGUUCUCGCGGCUCAUUUCUUUACGAUAUUCAUACUGACAAACGGCGUUAUUCUUUAAAAAAAAAUGUUCAUAUAUUUAUGACUCUAUAUUCCCAGCCUCCUGAAGCCAUACAAAAGUUAAGGAACAGAUUGACAUUUUUUUGAUUCAAACACAAAGUUGAGAAAUUGGGAAGAUUGUUAGUUUAUGUUUAGAAUGACGUAAGGGUGAGCAAACAUUUCAAAGCUACUGUAUGUCUUCAGCAGACCUGGAAUAUAGCUUCUGAUUUAUGGAAACUGCUUUUUGGAGCUUUAAUUUUUCGGAGUAACCGUAAACUAAGGUUUUAAGAAAUAGAACUAAGAACUGUGAAAAUUCUUCAGAUUUUCUGUUUUGCGUUCAUUGGGGAAAAAAAACAGCAUCGGGUCUGGAAUGACAUUAUGGUAAAUAAUAAUAUUUUGCAAUCAUAAUCAAUAAUUUGGAUUUUGCAUGUCUGGCUAAAAGUGUUGAGAUGAUGCCCUUUAACGGUGGUGGUGCACCUUGUGAUUGAACACAGCAAGAUCCAAACUGUAGGUGAUUUUAAUUUUAAUUUUUUUUAAGGAUAGCAGCCUGAUAAUUGCAUUAUGUCUGACCCAGCUGCUUUCAGAGGAGAUUCUCUCUUUUAUCUGAACAGGGUUUAUCGCGCUAUUAUAAAAUGAAACGAAAUUCAAACUGUGUGUCCAUCAGCUGCUGGGUGUAUAUCUACUACUGGAAACAACAUCGAGGCAUAGUGCUGAACCGAAGCAUUAAUCCCCCCAAAAGCGAACGAGCUUUAUAUUAAUGUUCAUCAUCAUAAACCUAAACCUUAAAAUCUGUCCGGUCUAUAAAGGAUCAAUAAAGAAUGUUGACUGAAGGCAGAAUCAAGGUCACUGUGCACACUUGUGACAAUAUGCAGUAGGCGUUAGCAUCUCGUCUCAGAUUUCAUGAAUUUUCUCUUCAUUUUUCGCCCAUAGCAGUCAAAAUAAGCCGAUGCAUCACAAGCAUAAAGACAUCCAUUCUUCCUCACUUACGUGAUGGACAGUCAUAGAUUCAUCCUUUACAAACACGCUCCAAAGUUAUUUCAGGGCAAAAAGUCAGUCUCACUUUCCAAGAUGCCCGGUACACUUGACGGCCCUCGACCCGCUGAACAUCUACAAGAGGUCUUGGGUCUGGUCAUUAUCUGAUAAGUUGAACUUCUUUUAGUUUAUUUGUAGGGUUUUCUGUUCGUUUCAGGGUUUUUUAAACAAUAAUAAUGUAUCGAAUAUAUUGAAUCUAUUCUAAAGCGGGUGUUGCAUGAAUGUAUGUUUACAUGGGGAAAUUAUAUAUAAAUGAAUCAAAAAAGCAAAGAUUAUUAUGAAUGCUGAUUGCAGAUUAACAGACUCCUGGUUCAUCAGUCUUUGUUUUUUCUUUCCACCAAAUCCCUCGCUUUUCGUGAUCCAGCAGCAAGCACACACUUUGGCAGCUGCAAGGUUCUGAUUGGUCAAGGGUCUCCUCUACAUCAUGUCUUGUUUUUAGCCUCUCUUUGCUCUCUCAGUCUCAAUGCUGCUGCUCGACCGCUGCAGUGCUGCCUUUCUUCUGAUCUGAGAACAGAGAGUACGGAAGACCUGACCUUCUCGGGCACCCCUCGCUCCAUCCAUUUGCCUUUUUUUUUUUUUUUUUUUUUAGCUCCUUAUUAUACUCCCACACUGAUUAUCUAUUAGUUACGCGUUUUAUUUUAAAGUUUUCUUUAUGUGCACUUAAAAUAAAAUAAAAUAAAAAUUGGGGGGAAAAAAGGUAAUGGGUCAUGCAGAAUUAUUAUUAUUUUUUUUUUUCAUAUUCUUCAUUUGUUCAUUUUGUCAUUGGCAUCGGAUGCUGUAAUGUUAGAAGAAUUCAAAAAUGACAAUGUAAAAUCCUGUAUCAUUUAUGAAAUGUGUAUAAAAGAGAAAUGUAAUUCAAUUAUCAAUAAACACUUAUCCAGUUUUGGAA